CCGCGCGGGGAACCAUGGAGGGAGUGAGCGCGCUGCUGGCCCGCUGCCCCACGGCCGGCCUGGCCGGCGGCCUGGGGGUCACGGCGUGCGCCGCGGCCGGCGUUCUGCUCUACCGGAUCGCGCGGAGGAUGAAGCCGACGCACACCAUCGUCAACUGCUGGUUCUGCAACCAGGACACGGUCGUGCCAUACGGGAACCGUAACUGCUGGGACUGUCCCCACUGCGAGCAGUACAAUGGGUUCCAGGAGAAUGGCGACUACAACAAGCCCAUCCCCGCCCAGUACCUGGAGCACCUGAACCAUGUGGUGAGCAGCGCGCCCGGCCCCCGCGCCCCCGCGCAGCCCCAGCAGUGGGUGAGCAGCCAGGUGCUGCUGUGCCGGAGGUGCAGCCACCACCAGACCACCAAGAUCAAGCAGCUGGCUGCCUUCGCGCCGCGUGACGAGGGCAGGUACGACGAAGAGAUCGAGGUGUACCGCCACCACCUGGAGCAGAUGUACAAGCUGUGCCGGCCCUGCCAGGCGGCCGUCGAGUACUACAUCAAGCACCAGAACCGUCAGCUGCGCGCCCUGCUGCUCAGCCACCAGUUCCGGCGCCGGGAGGCCGACCAGACCCACACGCAGAGCUUCUCAUCCGCGGUGAAGGCCCCGGUCCAGGUCAUCGUGCUCCGCGCCCUCGCCUUCCUGGCCUGUACCUUUCUGCUGACCCUUGCGCUCUAUGGCACCAGCAACCCCUUUGCCCCAGAGGCCACCCUGCCCCCAGCCCUGCCGCCCGGUGGCAAUGGCUCAGCCGCACCCGACAACAGCACCGCCCCGGGGGCCGAGGGCUGGCAGCAGCUGCUGGGCCUGCUGCCCGAGCACGCGGCAGAGAAGCUGCGCGAGGCCUGGGCCUUCGGGCAGAGCCACCAGAUGGGCGUCGUGGCCCUGGGCCUGCUCACCUGCCUGCUGGCCAUGCUGCUGGCUGGCCGCAUCAGGCUCCUCUCCUGCAGAGUCGGGAUGAUAAUGACCACCUACCUCUCCGGUUGUUGGGGGACCAGGCUCCGGAGGAUCGAUGCCUUCUCCACCUGCCUGUGGGCCCUGCUGCUGGGGCUGCACCUGACUGAGCAGUACCUGCAGGCCGCCUCACCCGGCUGGCUGGACACACUCAAGUUCAGCACCACGUCCCUGUGCUGCCUGGUGGGCUUCACGGCAGCAGUGGCCACAAGGAAGGCGACAGGCCCGCGGAGGUUCCGGCCCCGAAGGUAUUUCCCACGCGACGCGGCCGGCCUUUUCCCCACGAGCCCCAGCCUGGCUGUGCCCUGCCCGAGCGCGGGCCCUUCGCCGUCUCUGUUCAUCCCCACCCCGCCCGGCUUCCUGCCACUCGCCAGCCAGCAGCUGUUCCGGUCUCCUCGACGGGCCUCUCCCUCCUCGCUGCCAGGCCGCCUCAGCCGGGCCCUCUCGCUGGGAACCAUACCCUCCCUGACGCGGGCAGACUCGGGGUAUCUGUUCAGCGGGAGCCGCCCUCCGUCUCAGGUGUCUCGAUCUGGAGAGGUUCCUGUUUCAGAUUACUUCUCUCUGCUGUCGGGGUGCUGCCCCUCCUCCCCACUCCCUUCCCCGGCGCCUUCCGUGGCCGGCUCCGUGGCCUCCAGCUCUGGCUCUCUGCGCCACCGCAGGCCCCUCAUCAGCCCAGCCCGGCUCAACCUGAAGGGGCAGAAGCUGCUGCUGUUCCCGUCACCCCCCGGGGAGGUCCCCAACACACCCAGCAGCUCAGACGAACACUCGCCCCACAACGGCAGCCUCUUCCCCACCGAGCCGCCCCACGUCCCCCAGAGAUCGCCGGCACAGGACACGAAGCUCACCAUGGACAUGCGGUCAGGGCCAGAAAGAGGCAGUGCCUGCAGUGCCCGGUCCAUCAGGAAAGAGGACGAGUCAUCUCAGACGUCCACCUGCGUGGUGGACACCACCACCCAAGGGUGCGCGGAGGAGGCCGCCGCCUGGCGAGGUCGUCUCAGGCCCUCCCCGGUGCGGGGCCUCCUGGCUGUGAGCCUGGCCGCCAACGUGCUCUUCACCUCGGCCUAUCUGUACCAGGCCCUGCGCUGACCUGUGGUGCGCAGCCUCCCGGCGCCCAGGUGCAUGCCGCUCCCACCACUGCCGGCCUCGGAGCCCCCCCCCCCCCCCCCCCGAGGGGCUGCCUCCGCUGUCCUCUCCGGGGCCCGUGACCUCGCUGGGCCAGUGCUGUCCUCGGGAUAUCUCCUCCUCACCCAACAGGCCGCAGGGCUGAGCGUGGUCCGUGGGCUCACUCUCCUCCCUGCCUGCCUCCUCAGCUGACAUCACUUGUGUUUGGUGCUGACCCUGAUCCCGAAGCCGGGGAUCCCCGGGGCCCCCUCCCCCACUGCCCAGCCCGCCGGCCAGGAGGACCACUACUACUGUACCUACAGCAGGAGCUGGCUGCCUCCCGACCCUGCGCUGCGGGCCAGGACCACGUCUCCGUACUGUGCUCUGGUCCCACGCAGCCGCCUCAGGUUCCCUGGGGGAGGAGGGAGGGACGGGGCCGUGUCACUUCUCCUCAGUCCUGCCCGGGGAAGAACAGAGCCCUUGGGCCGGCCCUCUUAGGAUGGGCAGCCCCUGCCCUGGUCCUGCCCUGUCCCAUCAGCUCCAGACCCGGCCCGCCCUCUGGCUCUCCUGGCCGGGCAGGUGGGUGCCUGGGGUCCCCAGCCCAGGGCCCCUCAAGAGUUCUAGUGUAAGCACCUCCGCCCGCCCCCGCCAGCCUCCCUGCUGCCCUCUCGUGCCCCCAUCUUAUUACCUCUAGUGACCUUCCCAGGCAGCAGCCCCGUGACACUGAGAACACUACCCAGGGCCCACCCCACCCCCCUUCCAGGCCCGCGCCUCUGGGCCCCUCCUCCGUGCACUGCCCACAGGGGCCCCGCUGGAGCCCUCAGCCUGCAUCGCCCUGCAGGACAGGCCCGGGACAGCCCGUGGGUCUCUGAGGAGACCGGACCCCGCCCCUGCCCUGCCACCAACCUGGCCCCUUUCGGCCCCCCGAGGGCCCUACUUCCUUCCUCCCUUUCGUUGUACUGUCACUGUGGGCUCAGUGUGACCUCGGUCUCCAGGCCACCUCGGCUGGCUUUCUCUCCCACCCCACUCCCCUCAGGCCCUGCCGCUGCCCAGCCGACUGCUACCACAGAUUUGCCCCCUACCCCUGCCUUUGUGCCGGGGUCCCGUCCUGCCCCCGAGCGGAGGAAGGGGGAGGGGCCCUUGGUCUGGCGCAGGGACACCCCCUCCCCCCAGUGCUGUGAGGAACGAGCGUGUGUGUGCAUGUGGCCCUCCGAGUACCCCCAUCCCUGCUGCCCUGGGCCUGGGCCGCGGGCAUGGGCCGCGUGUGUGUCCUGCAGGUGCCCGCGCCCCUUGGGGAGGGCCUGGCGGUCUUGGUGAAUCCUGAGACUGCCUGGUGGGAGGGUGGUGGUCAUGAGGGCAGGAGGAAGGGUCUUUACCAUUCAGGGAUAAAGUUUAGUUUUAUUUUUCUAUACAUUGUUGCCAGGUAAGGCAUUCUGCGGGUCAGCAGGAUGCCCUCAGUUCUCCCUGCCAGGGAGCUUUCGUUUUUUUAAGCCUUGGGUGCUUUUUUAGUAAUUUUUUUUACCGUGUGGGGAAGGAGUUGCUCUGACUUCCUCCUCUCUCCUCUUCCCCCCACUCCUGUCCUGAGAGCUCUUUCCUGCCCGGGCUCCCACCCCAGCACCUGGGGCCUGGGAGGCCAGGGGCCGCACCAGGACCCCGAGUCCCACUGCCAGAAAUGAUGCCAACACGGAGGUGGUGCUUUGGGCCUCCGUUUGUAGAGUGGGCAUGCGUGUCAAGUUUUUUAAUUUUAUUUUUUGCCUAACAAAGCCGAUCUCCGUUCCCAAAUACCCUUCCUCUGUGGCUCUGAGGAAGCCCCAGCACAGAGUGCCCGCCCCUCUCCUCUCGCCCCUCCUGGCACCCCACAGGGGGCAGGGGAGAGGCAGAGUGGGGAGGGGGGCUUACUUAUGUUUUCUUUCAAACAAAAAACACAACCUUAUUUUUCUUUACAAAAGCAAAAAAGGAAACCAAAAAAGAUACCAACCUUUGAACUAUAU